GGCGCUGCCCGGCCCGCCCGGCCCAUGGAGUUCGACGCGCGGCUGCUGCGGCCCGCGGGCGGCUUCGGGCGCCGCGCCCGGCUCCUGGCGGCCGCCAGCUGGGCCCCCAACGCGGCGCUGGCGCUGGGCUUCUUCGCGGGGCUGCUGCUGGCGGCGCCGCCCGCCCACCGCUGCCGCCCGGACCCCGCGCUGCUGCCGCCCGCGCUGCGCAACCUGUCGGGCCGGGCGCUGCUCGACGCCUCGGUGCCGCGGGGCCCCGCGGGCUGGAGCCGCUGCCUCCUCUACCGCUACGCGCCCGGCGCCGCGGGGCCCAACCGCACCGGGCCCUGCACCCGCGGCUGGGACUACGAGCUGCCCGCCGCCGGGCUGCGCUCCAGCCUCGUCACCCAGUGGGACUUGGUGUGCUCGGAUCGCUGGAAGGUGCCACUCGAACAGGCCACCUACCUGCUGGGCUGGCUCAGUGGCUGCAUUGCACUCGGCUUGGCCUGCGACAGGUUUGGCCGCCGUGCCACCUUCGUGUUCUCCCUGGUUCUGGCGGUUCCCCUGGGCAUCGGUGUGGCACUGGCGCUGAAUUACCUCAUGCUGCUGUUGCUGCGGCUCCUCCUCGGUGCUGCGCUGGCUGGCACCUUCCUCUCCCUCUACGUCGCGAGGCUGGAGCUGUGUGACCCUCCCCACCGGCUUAUGGUCGUCAUGGUUGCGGGGUUCUUCUGGGUUGCCGGGAAGCUGCUGUUGCCGGGCUUGGCGGUGCUGUGUCGGCAGUGGCGGCUGCUGCAGGGUGCCGUGACGCUGACACUGACUCUGCUGGUAACGUGCUGGGGCUGCCCGUCGCUGUUCCCAGAGUCACCCCGCUGGCUGCUGGCCACGCGGCAGCUGGAGAAGGGCAGGAAGGGUCUGCGGGCCCUUGCUGAGGGCAACGGUGUGAGCCUGGAGGAUGAAUUCUACAGCCAGGAGCACCUGUUAGCAGAGCUGGAGUGCGACGGGGCCCCUCUGCCGUGCUAUCACACACUUGGCGAGGUCUUCAGCACCCGAGUCAUCUGGAGAAAUGGCCUCAUCCUCGGCUUCACGGCGUUCAUCGGCAGCGGGACCCGGCACUGCUUCACCCGCAACCUGGCUCCCUACCUCCCCCAGUUCUACUUCUCCUACUUCCUGCUGGCGGCGCUGGAGGUCGCGGCCUGCCUCUCCCUGUGCCUCACCGUCAACCGCUUCGGGCGCCGCCCCGUCCUGCUGCUCUGCACCAUCCUGACCGGCAUCGCCUCGCUGCUGCUGCUGGCCCUGACACAGUAUCUGCUGAACUGGAUCAUCCUGACCCUCUCUGUCAUGGGCAUCGCAUGCUCGCAAGCUGUCACCAUGCUCAGCAUCUUCUUUGCCAGUGAAGUCCUUCCCACCGUGGUCAGGGGUGCUGGGCUGGGCCUCAUCAUGGCUGCCAGCUUCGUGGGCAAAGCAGCUGGGCCCAUCAUGGACAUCCAGAACAACCGGGGCUUCUUCCUGCACCACGUGGUCUUCGCCUCCUUCGCCAUCCUCUCCGUGCUCAGCAUCAUGCUGCUGCCCGAGACCAAGGGCAAGGGCCUGCCUGAGUCACUGCAGGAUGGUGAGAGUCAACGCCGGCCCCCACUCUUCCGCUCCUCCCGCCGCAGGGACCACCUGCCUCUGCUCUCGCCCCGCAGCGCCGGCCAGGCCCGCGAGGCCCAGGACUAUGCCCACCUCGUCACUGCCACCAAGAAGAUGCUGAGCUCCCACUGGCGCACCCCCCUGCGGGACAGGCAGCUACUGCUGGAGCCUGCCCCGGGCGGUGACCCCCAGGAGGAGACAUAGCUGGGCAGGGCUGUCUGUGGACUGUGCCCGGGGGUGGGGGGCAGCACCCAGCGUUACCUGCCCUGGCGCUGCAGGCGUCUCCGGCACCAGCUGGCGAUGUUGUUUGUGUGCCGUGCUUCCUAGGGCGCAUCGCACCGGCGCAGCCUCCAUGACACUCUCUGGGAAGCAGGCGCUAAUCCAUGGCUCCCUUCUGCUCGCCUGGAGGUGCACCGUGCUGGGCCCUGGCGUGAUUGUUAACGUGCCAUGCACAGCCUCGUACUGGCUGCCCCUGCCUCACUGGGGUGUUUGGGGGCUCCCACAACCCCUGCUGCAUAUCAGCCCUGCAGGGAGCGGGGCCUGGAAGAGAAAGUGCCCCCCACCCCCUCCUAAGGAGCCUGGCUGCAACGUGGGGGCUCCUGGCUUGGGGAACGCCAGUCCCUGUGCCUCCUGGCCGGGUGAGUGGCUCACCAAUAAAAUGUGCCUUAUUUCU